GAGUGAGUGAGUGUGAGUGUGUGAGUGUGAGUGAGUGUGAGACGAUGCUCAAGUCCAAGACGCUGCUGAAGCGGACGCGCUCGGGGUCGGUGCUGAAGUUGGUCCGAGAGCACUACCUGAGGGACGACAUCGGCUGCGGCUCCGGGCGCUGUGACCUCGCGCCCUGCGGGGAGAGCGGCAGCGGCUCAGCCCUCCAGCCCGACCCCCCCGCCCACUGCAGCAGCCUCUGCCCACAGCCUCACUACAUCGUGCCCGACACCAACGUGGUGCUGCACCAGAUUGAUAUCCUUGAAGAUCCUAUGAUUCAAAAUGUGGUGAUUCUACAAACCGUGUUGCAAGAAGUGAGGCACCGAAGUGCCCCGGUUUACAAAAGAAUUAAGGAUGUUAUUAACAAUGCUGAGAAACAUUUCUACACUUUUACAAAUGAACAUCACAAAGAUACCUACAUAGAGCAAGAAAAAGGUGAAAAUGCGAAUGACCGCAAUGAUCGAGCGAUCCGAAAAGCAGUGGAAUGGUACAAUGACCACAUUCAAAAAUCACUGAAUGACUCAGCGGAGCUUCAAACUAUUUUAAUAACAAAUGACAGAAAAAAUAAGGAGCUUGCUGAGGAAGCUGGCCUCAUAGCAUUCACGUGUGAGGAAUACAUCAAAAGUUUGAUUGCUAGCCCUGAACUUGUUGAUCGCCUGGCUUGUAUUUCAGAUCUAUCUAAUGAAAUACAGAGUACUAAGCUGAUCUUUCCAGAGCAUCUGCCUCUAUCCAGAAUACAACAAGGCUUAAAGUCUGGUAAGUACAUCCAAGGGAGCUUCAGAGCCAACAGAGACAACUAUCUGGAGGCUACUGUCUGGCUGCAUGGAGAAGAAGACGAGAACAAUGAGGUCCUCAUACAGGGACUGAAGAAUCUGAACCGAGCUGUACAUGAAGAUCUAGUAGCAGUUGAAUUACUGCCCAAAGAGAGUUGGGUGGCACCAUCAGCUGUCAUCCUUCAGGAUGAAGGGCAAGUUGACGAUGAAGGAGAGGAAGAGAAAGAAAGUGUUGUUACAAACAAGAAGUUUUCAAAGGCAACUGGUAAAGUAGUUGGCGUGAUCAAAAGGAACUGGAGAUCGUACUGUGGUAUGUUAUCAAAGUCGCAGAUUAAAGAGUCAACAAAACACUUGUUCACACCAGCAGACCGCAGGAUACCUAGGAUUCGAAUAGAGACCAGACAAUCUUCUACCCUGGAGAACCAGAGAAUCAUUGUGGUAAUUGAUGGAUGGCCCAGAAACUCUCGGUAUCCUAAUGGUCACUUUGUCAAAAGUCUGGGAAAUGCUGGUGAUAAAGAAACUGAGACCGAAGUUCUCCUUCUUGAACACGAUGUUCCCCAUCAACCUUUCUCACAGGCUGUACUUAGUUUUCUGCCCAAGGUGCCAUGGAUUAUCACAAAGGAGGAUUUGAAAGCAAGGAAGGACUUGAGGCAUCUCGACAUCUGCAGUGUGGACCCUCCUGGAUGUACUGAUAUUGACGAUGCUCUACAUUGUAAGGAGUUAGAAAAUGGAAAUCUGGAGGUUGGGGUACACAUAGCGGAUGUGAGCCAUUUUAUCCGGCCAGGAAAUGCCCUGGACCAGGAAGCAACAAAUCGAGGGACCACUGUAUAUCUUUGUGAGAAGAGAAUUGACAUGGUUCCAGAAUUGCUGAGUUCAAAUCUUUGCUCCUUAAAAUCCAAUGUAGAAAGGUUUGCAUUUUCUUGCAUUUGGGAAAUGUCACGGAAUGCUGAAAUCAUAAGCACGGUGUUUACAAAAAGUGUAAUUAAUUCUAAGGCAUCGCUCACGUACGCUGAAGCACAGAUGAGAAUUGACGAUGAAAGUAUGAAUGAUAACAUUACGAUGGGCCUUCGUCGUCUGAAUACACUUGCAAAGGAACUUAAAAAGAAGAGGGUUAAAAUGGGUGCUCUAACACUCUCCUCCCCUGAAGUUCGCUUUCACAUAGACAGCGAGACCCAUGAUCCCAUUGACCUGCAGACCAAAGAGCUAAGGGAAACCAAUUCAAUGGUUGAAGAGUUCAUGUUGCUGGCCAACAUUUCAGUUGCACAGAAAAUUUAUGAUGAGUUUUCAGAUUGUGCAUUACUGAGAAAGCAUCCAGAACCUCCUCCAUCAAACUAUGGCAUCCUGGUAAAGGCAGCAGCAAGCCAGGGUUUGGAGAUUCACACAGAUUCAGCAAAGGCUCUAGCAGACUCUUUGGAUAAAGCUGAAGUGCCUGGCUCUCCAUAUUUAAACACAUUGCUACGAAUCCUAGCAACUCGUUGUAUGAUGCAGGCUGUCUAUUUUUGCUCUGGAAUGGAUACAGACUUUCAUCACUUUGGUUUGGCUUCUCAUAUCUACACUCACUUCACAUCGCCAAUCAGAAGAUAUUCUGAUAUAAUUGUACACCGACUCUUGGCUGUAUCGAUCAAUGCUGACUGCACCUACCCAGAUCUUAUGGACAAGCACAAACUACAGGCUUUAUGUAAUAACCUCAAUUAUCGUCAUAAAAUGGCCCAAUAUUCCCAACGGGCCUCAGUGGCUUUCCAUACUCAGUUGUUCUUUAAAAAUCAAGGAAUUGUUGAUGAAGCUGGUUACAUUUUAUUUGUGAAAAAGAAUGCCAUUGUGGUACUAAUUCCCAAGUUUGGCUUGGAGGGCACAGUUUUCUUUGAAGAAAAAAAUAAACCAACCCCAGAUCUGCAUUACAAUGAAGAGAUCCCAUCCUUAACUGUGGAAGGAACAACAUUUAAAAUGUUUGAUAAAGUAAUUGUGACGAUCACAUUAGAUUCAUCAAAUAUUCAACACCAGAGGAUUAGAAUGGCACUGGUGGAACCAAAGAUUCCUGGAGUCAGUGUUCCAAGAAGUACGUCACAGAAAAGUGCAGCUAAUAAGGAACCUGAGGUGAAGAAGUUAAGGACAACAAAGUGACCACACAGUGUGUGUUGUGUGACUGCAUAUAUUUCAUUCACAUGUACAUUGCAAAAUGUACUCUGCUGAUCUGCACAGAAAAUCCUUUGUAUACUCGUUUUUAUUACAGAUCUGGGCUUUGAAUAAAAGUUUGUACUAUA